AUGGGUUUGACAGAAGGCCGAGUUACAGGCUUUAUAGCUAUUAGCACUUCAAUUAUUGUGGUUUACUUAACAUCAUUUUAUCUACAACAAAUGUUAAUACAAAUUAGUAAUAUUCGAAGGGAAGUGGAUACUGGAAUGGAUGAAUUCAAAACAUUACAAGGAAAUCUUUGGACUGAUUUACUGGUUAAUACAAAGAAAAGAUUUUCUGUCCUCUCAUUUUCUUCAAUUACCGAUGCAAGAAUUAAAAAACGACUGGCUGCAAAUCCUAGCUGUGAUUGUAUUAAUACAGCACAGUGCCCACCAGGUCCCCCUGGGCCCCCAGGCCAAGCGGGACUUGAUGGGGAACAUGGAAAACCAGGCGAACCUGGACCUGUGGGGGAACAGGCAAUAGCAGCACAAACACAGGCGCCAGUUGAAGAAAGUUGUCGUGUUUGCCCACCAGGACCCCCAGGUCUAAGAGGAUAUCCUGGACCUGCUGGCCCGCCUGGAGCUCCUGGCGGUUCUGGAUUGCCUGGACUUGCUGGAAAGCCUGGCCAUCCUGGACAGAUUGGAUCACCUGGCGAGAUGGGUCAGCAGGGAACGGCAGGCAAGGAAGGAAUGCCUGGCCCUCCUGGAUUGGAAGGUGUUAGAGGAACAGCUGGAAGGCAAGGCGAGCCAGGAAUGGCUGGAAUGCCAGGGCCAAAGGGUUAUAUCGGAGCUCCAGGUGAAUUUUAUAAGGAAAUAAAAUUCAAAAUAAUUUAA